UCUUUACCCCACCAAUCAAUAAUUGAGCAAUCAAUUAGUGAAUACUCCGAUUCUCUUUGGCCAAUAAAAAAGUUCAGUUCCCGGACUCCCAAGUUGUGUCCCUCUCCAGAUUUGACGGAGGAAAGGCAAGUGCAGAGUGCAGAGUGCAGUGUGCAGAGAGCAGCGACGCCACCAUAUGGCAAGUCUUAGAAUUUCAAGAUGCCAGUUUUUGCAUGCUCUUCAGUUGUAUCUUUUGAUCCAAACCGCCACAGUCUGCUGCUACCAAUACAAAGUCGGAGAUUUGGAUGCUUGGAACGUACCCUCUUCCGCAAAUCCAGAUGUCUACCACAUAUGGUCCAGCAACCACAACUUCACCAUUGGAGAUUCCCUCUUGUUCCUUUACCCUCCAAGUCAAGAUUCCGUAAUACAAGUAACAGCUCAAUCCUAUAAGAGCUGCAACCUUAAAGAUCCAAUCUUGACAAUGAACGAUGGCAAUUCGCUCUUCAAUAUUACGUCCCCCGGCUUGUUUUACUUCACCAGUGGCGUACCGGGGCACUGUGAAAAGUCGCAAAAGAUUCGAAUUGCUGUUCCUGGAAAUGGAUCUUACGUAUUUCCACCAGAUGAUGCUUCAACUGCACCUUCUCCUUCUUCUCCUACUGUUUUCGGUCCCAUGCCAAUGCAGGAAACAGCCCCCUCUUCGGCUCCAUUGACCAGAGUUCGUCCCAUCUCAAUGUCGGCUGCCACUCUACUCUUCCUGUGUGUGAGUGUGAUUGCGAUCGGCCGCGUUUGAACGAUCUGAAUCUGAGCAAGAGACAUUUUUAAUGGUUUGAAAGAGGAUACAAUCAUCCAAAUCUCCGGAAGUUUAUUUGUUCGCAUAUAUAGUUUUGAAUCAGGCAAAUUGAUUUGGGUUUGUCUUCUUUUACCUGUGGAGGAAGAAGUUGAAUUUUUUUUUUCCAUUUAUUUCUUUUAAAAAAAAUUAAUUCUGGAUUAUUUGUACAAGAUGAUAUACUCCGACCAACUAUGAUGGUUCUUUCAUGUAAUAUGUAAUUCUUUGCCAUGAUAUAAAACAGUAAAGAUUGUAUUCACAAAAGCGUAAAGCUGUUGUUGACCC